CUGACCUGAGAAAAGUUCAAAUUGAAGCUGUCUGACGGACCGGAGCUUCGCAACAACGACAUGGCAGCACAGCAAGCAGCAGACGCGGUCGCCGACGCCGUCAGCAACGCCGCUGAGCAGGUGUCGGCGUUGACGAUGGACGGUAGCAGUGGUGGUGGUGGUGGUGCCAAUGCUGCCAGUGGGGGCACGCAGACAAACCUGCAGAAAGACGAGGUUACGGGCGAGAUGGUGUCCAAGUCGGAGCUGAAGAAGCGCAUCAAGGCUCGCGAGAAGGAGGCCAAGAAGACGGCCGCUCCACCGAAGCAGGCGCCGCCCGCCGGCAAGAAGAAGGCGGCGGGCAGCAGCGGCGAGCAGGACGACGAGGCACAACUCAACCCCAACCAGUACUUUGAGAUUCGCUCGCGUGCCGUCAAGCGCAUGAAGGAGACCAGCAGUCCCAAUCCGUACCCGCACAAGUACCACGUCACCUACGAUUUGCGCGACUUCCAGAAGGACUUUGGCCACCUCAAGAAGGGCGACGUGGUCAAGGACAAGAUCAUCAGCGUGGGCGUGCGCAUCUACAACAUCCGCACCUCGGGUGAGAACUUGCGCUUCUACGAGGUGGCUGUCAACGGCGCCGAGAUCCAGAUCAUGGCUCAAAACCUCGAGAGCACCAGCGCGACGCCCUUUGCCGCCCAGCACGACAUCCUGCGUCGUGGCGACAUCAUUGGCGUCAAGGGAUAUCCCGGACGCACCAGCCCAAAGCGUGAGGACAACCCUGGCGAGCUGUCUAUCUUUGCCCAGGAGGUCACGCUGCUCUCGCCCUGUCUGCAUCAGAUCCCUUCGGAGCACUACGGUUUCCGUGACCAGGAGUCCCGCUACCGCAACCGCCACUUGGACAUGAUUAUGAAUAAGAGCACCGUCAACACGUUCAUAGCGCGCUCCAAGAUCGUUCGCUAUGUCAGGAACUACUUUGAUAACAAUGGCUUCUAUGAGCUGGAGACGCCGAUUCUGCUCAAGUCUGCGGGUGGCGCUACAGCCAAGCCCUUCAAUACCCAUCACAACGACCUAAACAUGACUCUUGCCUUGCGUAUUGCCACUGAACUUCCCCUGAAGGAACUCGUCAUAGGCGGAAUUCACAAGGUGUAUGAGCUGGGCCGGCAAUUCAGAAACGAAGGCAUCGAUCUCACGCACAACCCUGAAUUCACAACUUGCGAAUAUUACGAAGCCUUCACUGAUGUCUACGACGUCAUGGAACGCACAGAAGAGCUGGUUGAGGGCAUGGUCAAGUAUGUCACGGGUGGCCUCCAGACCAAGUUCACCACCGUCGAUGGUGAAGAAUACGACGUCAACUGGGCCAAGCCUUGGAAGCGCGUCGAGAUGAUUCCCGCGCUCGAAGAGGCCUGUGGCGAGAAAUUCCCUCCUGGAGACCAACUUCAUACAGCUGAAACCAAUGAAUUUUUGAAGCGCAUGCUGAAGAAGACUGGCAUUGAGUGUUCACCGCCGCUGACCAACUCACGCAUCAUUGAUAAACUUGUGGGCGAGUUCAUCGAAGAGAAGUGCAUCAACCCGACCUUUAUCACUGGCCAUCCUCAAGUCAUGAGUCCGUUGGCCAAGUAUCAUCGUUCGCAGCCAGGUAUUUGCGAACGUUUCGAGGCUUUCGUGUGCAAGAAGGAAAUUGUCAAUGCAUACACCGAGCUGAACGAUCCCUUCGACCAGCGUCUGCGUUUCGAGGAGCAGGCCAACCAGAAAGCACAAGGUGAUGAUGAAGCGCAACCGCUUGACGAGGGCUUCUUGAACGCUCUUGAAUAUGGUUUGCCACCAACGGGAGGCUGGGGAAUGGGUAUUGACCGCAUGGUCAUGUUCCUGACGAACCACUACAGCAUCAAGGAAGUCCUGACAUUCCCAUUCAUGAAGGAUGAGAUUCAGGCACCAAAGCCCAAAGCAGCUGAGGUUACAGGCGUCGAGCCUGUGCCAGUGGAAGGCGUUACUCACAAGUGAAAGCUCUUUUCAGACAUGCAGUUUGUGACCUACUCGCCUCAAAGCUGUCCAGCACUGCGGAUGGAAGCGUCAAUGCAAAACGACGAGCCCGAUGCCGUGUAUGUUGCCCGCUCCACACAGAGCGCUCAGUGCCGUGCACUCCCGCGAGAGCUCGGCAAAAGCCAUGAGUUGAGACAAAAAAGAAAGUCCUCAAGAGAGAGAAGAGAGAAAGGCGUGCACGAGGCUGGACGUCUUACCUACUUAGAUAACAAGUGAAUGGUCACUCGCGCUUCCCGUUUUGGGACGUUGUUCAUUGCAUCGAAUGUGCCACGCGCAGGGAGCCCUCUGCGGCGUGCGUCAUCAAAUCCGCGACAGUCACCGCAGCAGAGACGACCUGGGCAAUCGAGUCGCCACGAUCAUCUAACCCUACCUUGCUAGCCUCUUUUGCAGGUUGGGUGUUUUCCUGGCAACGAUCCUGUGUUCCCGUACAUUUUUUCACUGAUAGAGUGCUACUUGACCCAUAGAUGGCGCCACCGUCCACUUCUUGGUACUCGAGGUGAAGACUUGUCCCCAGGUUGUCUAUAGCCAGUUGGACAACCGACUCUCGCUGUGGUGCAUGGCUCGAGUCGUCUUGUGCAACAAACAUCUUCUUCUGUCUCUGCUCGAACCGUUCGAGGAGAUAUGUGAUGGGAAUGUCUUGUACGGAACUCCUCUGCUUAUGGGAGCCGCUGAUAAGCCACGCGGGCAGGCGAAUAAUCAGCUCCGGUGGUGCAGCUAUGGCGCCAUCUGUGGCCUGCACCGAAUGUUUCAACUCUUCAAAGAAUGCAGAGAUAUGAGGGUCCAGCCUGGCAGAGCCGAUGUCGGCGACCAUGGCGUGAGAGCGCGCAAAGGCCAAGUCCACUGCACGGGUCGGAAGAGAGACGUUGAGAGUUUGGGUCUCGAGCACGACUCGCAAGCUGGUCAAGUUGAGCUCGCGUUGCCAUGUGGCAAACUCAAAGUGCAGUUCGGCGCGUGGAGGAGUGUGUCCACCACCACCUUUGCUGUGAGGCGCUGGCACAAGAUACGCAAUCAAGUGCGGGAUUUGUUGACUCGAAGAGGUUGAUGCACCUCGUGCAUCUUUGCCGGGAACAAUCUUUGGUGAGUGAUAAGUGUCAAAGUAGGAGAGAGCAAUGUCCACCGCGGGCAAGUGCCGUUGGGCUAUGCUCUGCGCUGAAGCAGCGUCUUUCUCAGCAUGCAAACGAUGCUGUGGUUCAGCAUCGGAUGCUGAAGCAGAGCGGACUUGAAGCAGUUUGACAACAUCUGCGUCCCAUUCGCCCGAUAGAAGCGCGCCGUUUUGCCAAUAUCCGUGGCCUAAUAAUACUUCACGAGAUGGAACAGGUCGGUGCUUCCACUCGAGGCUGCGCAAAUGAGACGUAAUGUCUCUGGCAAUUUCGCCUGAUUCGUCCGGAGAGAUGACCGGGAUAGAUGGAAUUUGUGACGCCGCCUUGACCCGACGGACCAGAUCGUACCCCUUCCAGCGAGCAUGCAGACCAGAGAUGGAGGCAUCCACUGGUGCCAUCUCAAGGAUACCACUCGGUCCUGAUUGUGAGCCCAGCGCAGAGGAGAGUUCGUAUGUCGUGCCAGAGACGGAAGAUAGGUCCAACAAGGAGAGGAUAAGACGACACGCAUGGUUCACCCCCGCGGAGGUUCUGUUGUAAAUGGUGAUAGUACUCGGACCUCGACUGCAUAUCACAGAAGUCGUUAAUUUGGACACCAGAGACAAAUCCUUGUCCGUGCACCGUCCCGGGCGUGGCGUUGCGGAGUCUUUGAUCGUCGACACUUUGCUCACAAGACGGGCCAGAUCCAUAUCGAGAUGUUGCACGCUCAUGAGGGCACGCUCCAACUGGUAGGCAACCUGUUCCGCAUCACGUCGGCGACCUGUCACCCUGGCCACGCCAUCUCGCCGGUAGUUCUGCACAGUGGUCGAUUCCAGUAAGAGCCGCGGAGUGACGAGGCUUUUGUAAUAAGGCUGUCCACUGGGACACAGAUCAAAGAGCAUCGACAGCUGCCACGGUUGUAGCAUCAAUUCCAACUCGCCUACUGCUUGCUCCUCGGCAUCCACCGUGACACUCCAGGCGAGACGGAUGAUACGUUCGGCAGUUCGCAGCUUGCGGCUCAAUGCAGUGGGUUGGACCACCAUGGGCCGGCGCACGUCCAGAGGAGUUUGCAGGGGUUGCCACGGCGAAAUGCGCAGCGCCUUCCUCGUCUGCUUUGGCUCGGCGGCACUCGCCUGAUCUGCAGAAGGCGGACGCAGGGAAGCUCGCAGAUAGUGCGACAACUGGGGCAGUGUGUAACUUCGCACGAGCUGUUGUCGAAGUUGCUCAAACGCUGCUUGGUCCAGAAGGGUCGUCUGGGGCCGCGUGUCAUGAAUGGAUGUGUUGAUCUCAGCUUCUUCCGGGGGGCGUUGACGACCCGUGAUGGCAUGUUCAAUGUCCUGAGCGCUCAACGAUGACUGGGGGCCAUGGGAUAAGUCGUCGUCGUCGUCUUCCUGGAGCUCCGAUCGUCUGGGAACAGCGCCGGGCGGGGAAGCGGGUUCGUGGAUAUCGUGGAACACAAUCACGCUGGCAGGCUGAUCGAGCGACUUGCGCUGCAGGUCUGCUGAGACAACGCGCUGGCGCUUACGGCCAGUGCCCACGACGCGGCCAUGUGGACUAAAGCGCUUGAAUGUGUAGGCACGAUGGGUGUAGGAUGAUGGGCUGCGCUGGUGGCUGUAGGCUCGACGUGCC